AUGAGCCGGCGUGGGGGGAACCCGCCGGGGCGGCGGGGGGUGGCGGGGCGGCGCUGGCCUCCGCCCCACUCCGUCGUCAAAGCCGCCGCUGCUCCUCCUCUCGUAUCGGCGAUACAGGCGGCCGGCUACUACCAGAAACCAGUCUCCAGCGCUGUUCCAUCUGGAACUCUUUCACCACAAGGCAAGUCCUCCACCAGCGAGGUGCUUGUCCAUCACCUCCCGCCCCACUGGGAAGCAGCUCAUCUCGCGAAGGGGCCAGCCGGUUAUUUACACUGGCGUCGCGAAGGGGCGGCGUGGGGCCGCGUGGUCGGCCCGGGGGCGGCGCGGGGCGGCGGGGGCGGUGGAGGCGGAGGCGGCCCGGGUAAACAAGAGUGCAAUCUCGGCGGCGGCACAGGGCGAGCGCACUCGGGGCCCCGUUAUGAAUAA